AUGCCCGACUCUAUCGCGUCGUCCGAGCCGCUGAGCUCGCCCUCGCCCUCCCCGCCGCCACCGCCGCCACCGCCAGCGUCCAGGUCCCACCCCGCCGGCGCGGGUCUGGAUAGCGAUGGCUCUGAGCUGUCGGAGCUCACGGACGACGAGCAGGACAGCGAAAAGCGCGGGAGCGGCGCCCAGGACGAGGGCUCGCGCAGCCCGCGCCGGUCGGGCAAGAAAAAGCGUGGCUCGCUCGUGCCCGCGCCGAUGUGGGACUGGGCGUACAAACAGCGGAAAGGCGUUGAUCGGGGCGAAAUGGUCGAGGAGGAGGAGGAGGAAGACGACGAUGGCGGCCGCAGGGAAGAGAACUAUCCGAGAGCUAUGGAGGAAGAGGAGGACGAGGAGGACUCGCCGAAGGGUGAGAGCGCCGAGGAUCGCCAGGACAGCCGCGAAAUGAAACGCAGUGGGAGUCCCCGCAAUGCGCUGGAUCGAUCCAACUCUGGGCCACGGUCCUGUUCAGCGACUCCGGAUUCAACCUCGUACUUUGUUAGGAGAGCUUCUGCAGGUGGCGGCACCGAUCGCCGGGAGAACGACGACGGCGAAUCGGAGGCGGACGUAGAAGACGAACACGAUUCCAUAAAGUCCUCUAGGCCGUCUUCCAAAGAGAACUCUCCGGAACUCACAGACGACGAGCAAGAGGAUGGCGACCCCAAUGAAGAGGAAGAGGAAGAGGAGGACCGUCGACCAUCGCCACGGCCCCACGUUGCCUCCAUACGCGCAGAAGAGGAAGAGGAGGUCGAAUCGGAGGACGCAGCGUCCGAAGACGAUGCAGACGACGCAGGGCAGGCCGACGACCACGAUGGGGCAGGCGACCAAGAGCGAGACGAUCCUCCCAUCCCAGUGAAACGCCCCACCCCACCUAUCGUGAACUCUAUGGGUCCCAGCGAAGAUGUUACUGCGCCCGAUCCCGCUACCGUGGUGCCCCUGCAAGAGAAGGCCGCUGCAUCCUCAAUUAUGGCUGGCUCGGCUGUGAUCGAGCCUCCUUCCCCGUCCUCAUCCUCGUCCCCCAGCUCAUCCCGCUCCGCCUCACCAGAACCUGGCACACAGUCGCGUCGACAAGCCAACCGAGACAGUAAGAAGGCCGGCUUGGACAAGGAUGACCAAGCAGGUGGCACCUCCGGACCGCUGGACGCGAAAGGCAAUGAUGAGGACAGAGACAAGGACGGUGGCGACGGAGAGAAUGAAGCCGACGUAGAAGUUGAGGCGGAAGGCGACGAAGUGGACGACCACGAAAUGGAGUCGGAUCUACAGCCCGCCCACAGAGCCGAAGCCAUGGACGUCUUAGCGCAGAUUGAGCUGAAGUUCGCUCUGCUCAGGGAGAAGCUGUACCUCGAGAAGAUGGAGGGUCUCGCUUGGGAAGAGGCCUUGAUUAUGGAUGAUAAUCAUCCCGAGUUAUUGCACCUCCAGGCUGAAUUAUCUAAGCGCCGAGAUAUGCGUCUCGAUCUAGCUGCAAAGCGACGAUCCUAUGAGGUGACGAUGGUCACAAAGAAGCGGAAGGCAGACGAAGAUGGUGUAUGGAGUUGGUGGAAAUUCUCGAGGGAUGAGCUACAAACCGACAUGAUAUCUGAAACCAAUAGGAAACGGAGGCGUCUCGAGAGGGCAAGGAGGGCAUCUGAACGUCCUCAGCCUGUGCGCCGCAUCCCUGAUCCACCAGUGAACAUUCCUCCUGCACCGACGCUGCGGGAUAUCGUAAAGUCGACGCCUUUUGCGAGGCAUUCCUAUUCUCCCUCCAGCAGCAAUUCUCAGAAGCGAGAUAAUAUCCACGCCCGACCACUUGUCUAUCCACAGUUGUCUUCACUGAGUUCCGCAGAGGUGGGCAAUGACCUGGAGCUCAUCUGGCAGCAACGGCGGAGACAUGCGGAUCCCCGUGCGCUGAACCCACCCAUGGGGCCACCCCUCUCGCAUGGGUAUGAAGCGGGAUAUGGACCCAUGGAUGGACCUCACUACAAUGGUUCCGGACCAAGCCGUGUCGCGCCUCCAUUCCCGCCACAUAUGCAAGGUUACCCUGGUCCCAGUGUACCUUCGCGAAUGCAGCACCAUCAUGCAGGGCCGUCCGGAUUACACCAGUCCCACCUUCCGAUGGACCAGGACAUGGCUAUGUCUUCUGCCGUCCCGCCUCCCUCUGGGCCAUACACGCAACAUCCUGCAACGGGUAUGAGACGGUCGUUAUCGCCGGUCCACGUGACCGCGAAUGGCACGUCCGGGUUAGGUCCGUCCCAGAACGGGUGGUUUGCAGGUUCGUCGAGGGGCAAGCCGCCCGGGCAGCACGAGUGGAUGAAGGAGUCCAGAAGGCCUAGCGGAGGCAAGGACGACUAUGGUGACCGGGAUAGGGAGCGCGAGAAGUGGGAGAGGAGCGAAAGAGAACGCGAGCGCGAGUGGGAGCGAGAGAGAGAGCGUAUGGAGCGGGAGAGGUAUCAGAUGCAGAUGAUGCAGUCCCAGCCCGUUCGGCCUUCGCAUGGUUUACAUGCUGGACCUGGCCCUCUGCCUCACCCAGGACCUCCACACAACCAUCACCACCACCACCACCAUAUUCACCACCAUCACCAUCCACAGUCCAUGGGUGGCCCUGGGGGUCAUUCGUCUUCUUCACUGAAUAAUACGCCGGGUCCCGGCGCGGGCAGUCCCCGCGUCUCUAUGUUACCUCGCGAGUUCGAUCUUGGUCGCCCGCACUCGGGUCCCCCAACUACUGAGAUCAUCAACCUCUCAUCGUCUUCGACAAAGCGAUCUCCGAACACGUAUUGGAAGGGUGAUGAACUCGAACCUGGUCGUGAUAGGGUGCGACCGCCGUCAAACCAGCAUCCUCUGGACGACCGACCGGUGCAGCAUAUCAUGACGCCUGUGCAAUUGAUGACCAACCAUUCUGGUCCUCAUGCCCACGGGCCUCCUUCGGCGCCUGCAUCCAUUGCUCCCUCACCUCGGGGUCCAUGGUCGGCUGCGGAUGACACAGGGAUGCGUCGUCCUUCAUCCGCUGCGAUGGGUCGCCCUAGUAACCUCUCUGGCCGGAGUUCACCAGGUCCUAUGCACGGGUCAGUACAUGGCAUGCGUGGACCUCCGCCGUCAUCUGGCUCGAGGCAGAGUCCUAUGGUGACAUCCUCGCCUCGUAACAAUAAACCUCCGGCAACCACGAGCCCCCCGAUGUCCUCAUCCAAUUUCCCUGGUCCCUUGAGAUCACCUAGUCGCUCUUCACAUGCUCUCCCACCCCCUCCUUCGUCCGGGCCUUCCUCUUUGCCUUCGAUGACCGCACAACCGCCCCUUCCGCAUGCGAGCAGUCCGGUUUCGAGACCAUCCAGAGUUGGAUCGCCCCCGUCGCUGUCUAAAAUGAUACAUUCAGGCGGCCCCAGCGGUCCAUCACCUCCGCUUACUGGCGCACCGAGACCUAUGAGUCCAUUAUCGCGGUCAGCUAAUGCCGAUCCUCAUUCUCAUAGCCUAGGCCCGUCACCGUCAUUCAAUGGCACCAACAGAACCACCACUCCCCUCUCAAUAUACCCGGGGCACGCGCCGCCUCCCUCUAGGACUCUAGGUUCUGAUCAGUCCUCGCCGCAAUUGAGCAAUAAUGCUCCUCCUCCUAAAUUGAAUGUCGUUCAGUUAGUGGAUGGGGCAUAGCAGGACUUAGACGCUUUGUCCUUUUUUAUUUCAUAGGUCUUAUUGUAUUUUACCUCGCCAUUGUGAUUUAUUGGAAUGUACGGCAGACCACUGUUUGUGAAGUCACUCAAUAUAUU